GUUCAAAGUGUAAAGGUUUAACAAAAUGGCGGCCGGCAGUUUGAGGUGUUGGCAGUAACCGAAUGGCUCGUUACCGGCUCGAUUAGCGCUCGCUGCUUAUUAAACACCGACUUCAGCAAUGCAGGGUUCUUCGAAAUAUAAUUAGGGAAUUUAAAACUGCUAUGAUUAUUAUUAUUAUAUAUAUUUUUACUAUUUAACUAUGGCAUUAGUGUAUGAGUUGGUGUGGCGAGUCUUGCACGUACUCCUCCAGCUUCAGCGCGCGGCGGUGUCCUGGUUCCAAGCGCGCGCGUGGAAGCGCACCUGGCUGCUAUGGAGACGAGCCGCGGCUGCCGUGCUGCUCCCGUUAGCGCUCGGCUUUGCUAAUCAGAAGAAGCUCGGAGCCGCAGCGGGGAAGCGACCGAUACGACGGUGUCGGGUGCUGACGGACGGGAAGGCUCUGGAGAAGCUGCCGCUGCACGUCGGGCUGCUGGUCGCGGAGGAGGAGGCGCAGUACACCGACAUCGCUAACGUGGUGGUGUGGUGUAUGGCGCUGGGCAUCUCUUAUGUCAGCGUGUAUGAUAACGAAGGUGUGUUCAGGAGGAACAACUCCAGACUGACGGAGGAGAUCAUCAAGCAGCAGAAGGAGCUCCUGGGCUCGGAAAGCUGCAAGUACUCGGCGGAGUUCCUGAAUAAUGGCACAGAUGCACAGGAACAAGUGUCAUGGUGCCAGACGGUGGUAAAGGUCUUGUCUCCGGGUGAUGGGAAGCUCAGUAUCGUGCGAGCGGCGCAGCAGCUGUGUAAGGCCGUGGAACAGAAAGAGAGCACAUCCAAAGACAUCACCGUCUCCGUGCUGGACUCCUUACUGCGAGAGUCAAAGAACAUCCCCGACCCCGAGCUGGUGCUGAAGUUCGGCCCAGUGGAGAGCACGCUUGGCUUCCUGCCCUGGCACAUCAGAUUAACAGAGUUCAUCUCCUUGCCUUCCCACAAAGACGUCUCUUACGACGACUUCCUCUGCGCUCUUCGGCGUUACUCAACCUGCGAGCAGCGACUGGGCAAGUGAGCGAGGCCUCCAAAAAACCUGAACUGAAGAAAUCCGAGAGAGAGAGAGAUGCCCUCUCUUUUUCUCUCUCGCUCUCUCUCUCUCUCUCUCUCUCUCGCGCUCUCUUAUGUUUACAAAACACGCAGCUGAGCCUCAGCAUCCCAACGGCGCAUCAGCAUCUCUCCUUCACAACACACGGCCCGGUUCUGACCCUGUACACCAAGGCUCUGUGUGAGUGAAUGAGUAAGUGUGUGUGUGUGUGUGUGUGUGUGUGAGAGAGAGAGAGAGAGAGAGAGAGCACGCCUGCCCUGCUGCUGUGUGUACACAGAGCAGAACGUCCAUUCAUCCGUGAGCGGCUCCAGAGAUGCGGUUAGCAAUAUGGUGUAAGUUUCAGUAUCACACUUCGUCCUGUUUUGUCCUCGUGGUGUGUGUGUGUGUGUGUGUGUGUGUGAGUGUAGCGUGGGCCGCUGAGUCAGCCAGCACCGUGCACUGACAAACAGGAACUUUACGAUGGGAAAAGCAGUCAAACGUCACAACAUCUCAGCAGCAUGCAUUACAAGGAAACUCAUUAAUGACUUGGAACCGAUCCGCUGCAGUCGGAGCGAAUCGGGAACGAACGACACGAGCGCGUGGACCAGAGGGAGCAUGUGAAGUGUUUUAAAUGGAAACGUGCGCAUGCUUGCUUGCGUGUGUGUGUGUGUGUGUGUGUGUGUUGUACUGUGUGUGUGUGUGUGUGUGUGUGUGUGUUCAGGCCACUGAUUGUACAAAAAAUUAAAACUUGACUUUGAUUUACAAUUGAUAGCAAAAUUGUUUAUGAUCAUAUACUGUACUGUUUUGUUUGUUUGUUUGUUUGUUUUUUAAUUCAGUCACGUUUCACGUUAAUUCUCCGUCCAACCUCGUACUUCGUAAAUAAGUUCAUUUUUUUAAAAAUAAAUUAAGCACAUGCCUAUUAGGUGUGGGUGAUAUGGCAAAAAUAUAUAAUGUUAAAGUAGGAACACUAUAAAAAUAAAUAAAUAACUAAAUCCAGCAGCCCCAUAUGAGAUACUGUAAGUCAAGCGUGUUUUUUUUUUUUUUUUUUUUUAUGUAUAAUGAAUGAGAUAUAAAAAAAUUUUUUUUUUAAAAAACACAACAA